CGUCAGAAUGAAGUUCUAAAACAUAACUUCCUUGAUGGCUAUAAAAAUUGCACUCUAGGGGAGAUGAUUACUGUCCUCCAUUCAAUGUUUUUCCCAAAUUCCUACAAAAAGUAUGUGCAGCUGAAUUUACUGAGUUCUGAGCUAUAUCGAAGAUAUACAUAUGAUGUUCCUGUUUUCUUAAAAAACCGUCCACGUGAAUUUGUAGCACAUAUCCUAAACAGAUUGUCAACUAACCUUAGUGCUGAAGAUGUUACAACUAUAAAUGGUACAGCAGGAAUAUUCAGUAUUACAAGUGAAUUUGAAAAAGAGAAAAAGUAUAUGGUAGACUUUUCACAAACCGUACCAUCAUGCAGCUGUGAAGACUGGCGAAAACAUUUACUGCCCUGCAAGCAUAUGUGUUGUAUUUUUAAAUUCGUUGAGGACUGGGGAUGGGAAAAGCUUAAUCCAGUUUACAGAACAAACCCACUUUUUGUUUUGGAUAAUGACUGCUUUAUAUCAAAAGUUUUAGAGGAGCCAGGCAAACAUGUUACUAAAGGUUGUAUUUCAACAACAUUUAGCAAUUAUAAUUUAACAGAGCUCCCACCACGUAGAAGAGCUAAAAGAACAAUAUUAAUACGUAAUUGUACUCAGAAACUUAAAAGACUUGUAGACACAGUGUAUUUAAUAAAGGAUGAGGCAUAUCUUGGACAGCUGGAAACUGAAAUCAGUGAUAUUUUAGAAAUGGCGUUGAAUAAAAUACCGUCAGACUAUGGCCUCCCAUUGGUUGAGUCUCCACAGAAGGAGAAAUCUCUUACAGAUAUUCUGCCACUACCUAAAAGGCUUUAUGGAAAACCUAAACAGCCAGGGUCACAAAGAUAUGGGCUGAAAGCUGACAAUUUAAAAUUAGAUGUUUGGAAAAAUGUUGAUAACAAAUCUGUUUUAAUAUUGGAAGAGAAUGAAAAUAUAGAAAAUAUAUCAACAGAUUCAGACAAAUGGGUAUCCAUAUGUAAUUACUCACUUAAGUUAAAAGAUAAGGAGGUGAUUUUACUAAAUCAGUGGCUAGAUGAUAACAUUAUUAAUGCUUUUCAAAAGUUAAUUGCUAUAAACUUCACAUCAAUCUCAGGGCUGUGUGAUACUGUAAUACUAGCUCAUGAUUCUGUUUCCAACAUUAACACUAAUUCUGUAAUACAGAUUCACCAUUUAGGCGCUCAUUGGGUUGUUUCCUACACAGCAGGGGAAUCUGUAAAGAUUUUUGACUCCAUCAGAACAUCCAGAAUUCAAGAAACACUUAAAAAACAGCUAUUAAAAUUAUAUGAAUCUCUUUGUAUUGGAGAAUUUAGUGUGCUUGAAGUGGAUUUAAUUUGUUGUCAGAUUCAAGAGGGUAGCAAUGACUGUGGUCCAUUUUCCAUUGCAAAUGCUGUAGCGUUGGCUUAUGGUCAUGAUUUAAGAAACAUAAAUUUCUCUCAAAAUCAAAUGCGAGCUCAUAUUGUUCACUGCCUAGAAGAACAAAAGUUAUCUAUGUUUCCCCAUGAAAAGUUAAAAGUUCCAAAAAAAACUUUUUCAAAGAAAAUUCAGUUAACAAAACACUGUACAUGUUAUAUCCAUAAACCAAAAACUAGCAUGGUUGAAUGCUUCCAUUGUAAAAAAUGGUUUCAUUUUCCUUGUGUUGGACUUAAAAAGGACGAUAAGUGUGUUACAUCAAGAGCGAGGUUCUAUUGCCCAGGUUGCAAAAAAAAAAUUAAAAAAAAUUAAGAUUCUUAUUUUGAUUUUCAUGUUAUGCUGUGUUUCAAAUAAUUGUAUUGGUGUUAGUGAUAUAAUGUGGCUUUGUUUGUUUACAUAUAGUUGUUCCUGUUAUUAAUCCAUAAAUAAAAUCAUAUAAUCAUA